GUUGUGUGUUUUGUCUACAAGUUGAAGCGAGUGGAGGCCAGCGGAUGUAGAGGACUGAAGGCCUGUUGAGUCCCGGAGGGACAGGUGUGCCUCGAGAGAAUGCCGGUUCAUCAGAUCUCUGUGGUGCCCGCCACCAAGGAAGCAGCUAGCAGUAGUCGCAGCUCAAGCCGCUCCAAAGAGAAGACUAAAGACGCUGAAGGGGAGAAAGGGCCAGGGCGAUCAGGGAGUCGAUCAAGCAAUAUCUCGAAGGCAAGUGGCGCCACUGCGGGGGCGGGGCUAAACAGUGCUUCCCGGUCGUCGGCCACUCCCUCUGCUCAGGACAUUUGCAGCACUGGCACUCUGGCCAGGCUUGAGGAGAAUGGUGCAGAGCAGAGCACGGCGGUGAUGCCCAUGAGCCCUGCGCUGGAGUCGGCCCCCUCGGGGAAGCGGCAGGUGAAGCGGCGGCACCGGCGGCGGCGCGAGAGCUCGGGUGUGGGCUGCGUCACCGAGUGCGUGGAGGGCCAAAAGGGCGAGCGGGAGCGCGAGAAGGAGAAGGAGCGCUCGCGACGCGCGCGCACACACUCGGACUCGUCCGACGAGGACGAGCAGCGCUGGAGGGAGUCGCGCUCCUGGUCGCGGGAGAAGGCCCGCCGUCGCCGCAGCAGCAGCCGCCAGACGCAGACGCGCGUCCACGCGCACGAGAGCCACGGCGCUGGAGAUGGGGUGGAGCUGCUGUCCGUGGGCUCGGACGAGGCCGGGAAGGAAAACCGUGCGCCCGAGCCAGCGCCCGCCAAGAGCUCCAGGAAGUCGUCCUCGCUGAAGAGGGAGGAGAGGAGCAGCAAGGCAGCCAAUCAGGGACGAGCCAGUGGGAGGGAGGGGCGGGCCAGUGAAGAGGAGCAGCCAAUCAUGAAGAGCUAUGAGGAGGAAGGAGAGGGGGGUGACAACCUGUCGGUUCCCAUUGUCCAAAAUCCCAUUGUUGCCACUGAACCCAACGGAAACAUACAAACUAAAGCACAGACCAAUACAAUACCACUUUGCUCUGAUGAGGAGCUGGAAGUCUGCAGAAUUUGUCACUGUGAGGGAGAUGAGGAGUGCCCGCUCAUCACCCCGUGCCACUGCACCGGGAGUCUGCGCUUUGUGCACGAGGGCUGCCUGCACCAGUGGAUCAAGAGCUCCGACACACGCUGCUGUGAGCUCUGCAACUACCAGUUCAUCAUGGAAACCCACCUCAAGCCUUUGCGCAAGUGGGAGAAGCUGCAUAUGUCCACCGGGGAGCGCAGGAAGAUCUUCUGCGCGGUGACCUUUCACCUGAUCGCUGUAGCAUGUGUGGUGUGGUCACUUUAUGUGCUCGUCGAUCGCACUACAGAGGAGAUUAAGAUGGGCAAGAAUCUUGCGGGGGUGCGUCUCUCUCCUUUCAAUGCCUCAGGCGUGCUGGAGUGGCCCUUCUGGACCAAGCUGAUUGUGGUGGCCAUCGGGUUCACGGGUGGCCUCAUCUUCAUGUAUAUCCAGUGCAAAGUCUACCUGCAGCUCUGGAGGCGCCUCAAGGCCUUUAACCGCAUCAUCUUUGUCAAGAACUGCCCUGAAACGGCCAGGACCGCCGAGGAGACAAAAGCCUCCGGCCCCACCCAGACCAACGGGCGGCACGAGCCAGUUGAGGUGUGCCCUCCGCCUGCCCAGGCCCACACUACCGCUCCCAUCCAUGCAGGCAGUGCGGGCGUGGCCCCUGUGUGAUGAACAGGUUGAUGAGCCAAUCAGGGGAAGAUGCCAGCGUAAGGCGGUGACAUAUCUGACCAUCCGUAUGACGGGUGAGAGGUGAAGAGGUCAAACGGGUACUUUGAAAUGAUAACAAAGCCAAGGUUGGUGGUCUACAGAACUAGUGUGAGAAGGAGAGGAAAGGGAGAGAAAGAAGCAAUACCCAAACAGAGCAGGUAAAUGUUCUUAUCCAGCAUUAUGAGAGAGGGCACAAUCAUUUGGACAGUGAUUGAGACAGGUUUAAGUUUCAGACAAGCCGAAUCUAUCUAACGGACUUCCUAGAAGAUAAGAAGAUGCUGCAUAGACAGAUGUUUUCUUCCCUCCAUUUUGCAUUGGGUAUGGAUAUAUAUUUACAAAACCCAUUUGACACCUGCCCUCUAAAUGCAUGCACCUUUAAGACCAUUAUUUGAUAUUAUUGACCAUUAUCGACUACCGAGUAUUUUAAGGCCUUUGAUUUCCUGUGUUGGGCAGAGUUCUGUUGCUUUCUUUCUCUCCCUCAAUGGGUCUGUGAAUUCCCACUAACGUACUGUUUUUGGAAAAGUGAUCCCAAACGGCUUCUGAGACCAUACAUAACAAACAAUAAGACAGAGUACUAUACAGUCACAGAAUUUAAACAUUGUUUUAGUUAAGUACACAAAAGACCUCAAAUGAAGCAAAUCUAGCAGGACAUCCAGGUCCUUCUUUAGUGGAAUGUAUUCCUUUUCUUAAGAGUCUCCACUACGAAAAUACAAAAAAGGUAAUAGUAGUGACCAUGAGAUUCUUUUUUGAUGUGCAAUAUUCAUGUGUUCUGUGGUUAGUCUUCAUAUAUUCACACAAUGCUAAAAUCCUCAUAUGCAGCUCAAAUGGGACUGAUGACGCCAUGUCUGAGAUGGCAGUGGAACAGACUGGAGAGAUGAGCUGCUUUAUACAAUCUACUCUUCCCAGAUCCUGUAGUCCUAACGCUUAAUCAGUAUCUUGCCUCAUCUUUGACCUGUUUUUUUGUCAAUUGUGGCUAAAACAUUUACACUUUUUUUUUUUUUUACAAAUAUGAAUGUAACUUCCAUUUUACUUUAAAAUUUUAAUGGUAACU